GGUUCGGUAGAUUGUUACCAAAUAGACUUCCUGAAGGGUUUCUGUGGAUUUCAUGGUAAAGGAAGUCUCUGUCUUUGUUACUCCUGAUUUUCUCCAGUACAGUGUUGUGGAUUUUGGCACAGGCACCAAUGCUGCUGACCAAGCAGAAAUCUCUGAUAGAUGGUGUAGAAAAGCUAAAUUUACCUGAGAGUAACCAACAGCUUUGCUCUCUACAUUUUUAAAAAAGCUUGACCAUUACUGAUUGUUGCAGAUUUGUUCCCCAGUCUCUUCCAGUUUUACACAGAUGUCCUUUCUCUACAAGGCAGUCAAACCCACACAUUAAUAUUUUGAAAAACAAAGAAAAUCUGGAUUUUGUGAACUUUGUCACAAGGUGGGAAUCAGGCCCAUAAUUUGCUUAAUUAUCUUGCUGAACUUACCAACAUUUAGCUAACAGUUAAGGUCCAUCUGGUUGUAGCAUCCACUCAUACUCCACUCACUCAUUCAUUGAGAUUUUGCUCAACUUUGCUCAAAUAGUUUGAGAGGUUGUCUACUGAGCUGUGAGCUGUUCAUGCUAAUGAUGUACACAUUUAUAUAUAAUGAUGUAUUUUUACAUUAAAAACGAAGUUUCCAGAGGAGUGGUGGGCUAUAUAGCCUCAAAAAUGAUGUUUGUUCACUUUUACUUUGAACACCAGUAGCUGCUUUUACGUCCUCAUCACAUGCCUUCAAAGCCUGCUGAUAUUCCGCCGUGUGUUUUAGCUAUAGGUGGUAAAACUCAUUAGCUGUGUUAGCCAAACCACCUCCACAACACAGAGGUAGUUCCCUUUAUUGGCACUAGAUCCUCAUUUGAAGACGAAGUUGACGCUGCUGUGCUGUUCUCACUCUCUGAUGUUGUUGUGUAUGCAGUAGGGAACGUCAUACGCAACAUAACAAAUUUUUAUCACCAAAAAAAGUACACAGGUACACAGUAUGAUAUGGCCCACCCCUAGUACUGAUUGACUUGAAGUUAAACUGCACUUAAAGCUUCAUAUCUUUAACAGAUCACAACUUGACAGCAUCUUAAAACAGACUGAAUACAAACAAAUACUGUACAUGCACUAAACUCUGAAUAGAUCAAUAAAACGCUCGUUGCAGUGUUUUCAAAUUUUGCUGCUGUUUCCAAAAAAAGAAAAAUUCUCUAUAAAACUGCUCUUCUCUUAAAGGAUUAAUCAGGACACAGCACCACCUGGAUGCCCUUCCGGACAAAUGGAGGUUAAAAUUGCCUUCUGAGGGACAGUGAACAACAUGAGAAACUGCAAAAAUAUUUAACAGGAUUCAGAAAUAUUACAUGACACCCAAGAACAUGCAACAAAAUACAAAACUUUUUCAUUAGACACACAAAGAAAUAUUUCACUAGUUACAAGUGUUUCUGUGAUCGAUGAGGUUUAAAUGAGGGGAGAAACUGUUGAUGUAUUUAGUGAAACGUUGGUGCAGUUGCUCUUCAGGACCACUGCAGCUUUAAUAACUUCUGUUUGUUUGAGUUUGAGAGUCUAAAGUUCACAUCGCCGCUCCUCUUCCUGGAAUGUAGAAAAACUGGAUUUCCCCUCCCUCCUCUCUCACACAGCACACUCACUUCCUUGUUCCCUCCCCUUCAGAUCUACAGUUGAGGUUGGGUGUAACCAAUGUGUGCUGAGCUGAUCCUGCUGACUCACACAUGUUGAGAUCAGAGCUCAGACUAGUUUCACUUCUCAGGAAAAAAAACUCAGUCAGUCAGUCGUCGUCGACAGCGAGUGUUGAAAUGGCGCAGAAAGGAGUUCAUCUGGACCGUGAGUCUUUCUCUUGUUCCAUCUGUUUGGAUCUACUGAAGGAUCCGGUGACUGUCACCUGUGGACACAGUUUCUGUAUGAACUGUAUUCAAUCCUACUGGGAUACUGAGGAUGAGAAGAAGAUCUACAGCUGUCCUCAGUGCAGACAGACCUUCACACUGAGGCCUGUCCUGAUGAAAAACACCAUGUUAGCAGUUUUAGUGGAGGAACUGAAGAAGAGCGGACUCCAAGCUGCUCCUGAUGAUCCCUCUAAUGCUCAACCUCAAGAUGUGGCCUGUGACGUCUGCAGUGGGAGAAAACUGAAAGCUGUCAAGUCCUGUCUGGUCUGUUUGAUCUCAUUUUGUGAAAAACACCUUCAGUCUCAUUAUGAAUCUCCUGCCUAUGCUAAACACAAGCUGGUGGAGCCCUCCAAGACGCUCCAGGAGAACAUCUGCUCUCGUCAUGAUGAGGUGAUGAAGAUGUUCUGCCGCACUGAUCAACAGUCUAUCUGUUAUCUCUGCUCUGUGGACCAACACAAAGGUCACGACACAGUCUCAGCUGCAGCAGAAAGGACUGAGAGGCAGAAAGAUCUGGAGGAGAGUCGAGAAAACAUCCAGCAGAGAAUCCAGGACAGAGAAGAAGAUGUGAAGCUGCUCCAACAGGAGGUGGAGGCUAUCAACAGCUCUGCUGAUAAAGCUGUGGACCACAGCCAGAAGAUCUUCAGCCAGCUGAUCCGUCUCAUGGAGAAACGCCGCUCUGACGUGGAGCAGCAGGUCAGAUCCCAGCAGGAACGUGAAGUGAGUCGAGUCAAAGAGCUUCAGGAGAAACUGGAGCAGGAGAUCACUGAGCUGAAGAGGAAAGACGCUGAUCUGCAGAAGCUCUCACUCACAGAGGACCACAACCAGUUUCUGCACAGCUACCCCUCAGUGUCAGAACCGGGUCAACCUGCAGAUUCAUCCAGGAUCAACAUCCGUCCUCUGAGAUACUUUGAGGAGGUGACAGCAGCUGUGUCAGAGGUCAGAGAGAAACUCCAGGAUCUUCUGACAGAGACGUGGACAAACGUCUCACAGGCUGUGACUGAAGUGGAUGUUUUACUGUCAGAACCACCAGAACCAGCAGAACCCAAGACCAGAGCUGGUUUCUUAAGAUACUCAAAAAGAAUCACACUGGAUCCAAACACAGCAAACAGACGACUGUUAUUAUCUGAUGGAAACAGAAGAGCAACAUUGACAGAACAACUACAGUCUUAUCCUGAUCAUCCAGACAGAUUCACUGUUUGGGCUCAGGUCCUGAGUAGAGAGAGUCUGACUGGACGUUGUUACUGGGAGGUGGACUGGAGAGGGAAAGGGGUUAGGGUAGCAGUCGCAUACAAGACUAUAAGCAGAGCAGGGAACUCAGAUGAUUGUAGAUUUGGAUUCAAUGACAAAUCUUGGAGGUUAAACUGUUUUGCAGACAAAUAUGAAUUUAUACACAACAAAGUCGACACUGAUGUCUCAGGUCCUCCGUCCUCCAGAGUAGGAGUGUACCUGGAUCACAGAGCAGGUAUUCUGUCCUUCUACAGUGUCUCUGAAACCAUGACUCUCCUCCACAGAGUCAAGACCACAUUCACUGAACCUCUACAUGCUGGACUGUUACCUUAUGAAGCCUCUGUUGAGUUUAUUGAACUGAAAUAAGCAGAAUUUUGAGUCCAUCAGACCAAAAUCAUGGACUGAGAUCCUUGAACUCUUGAAAUGUUCUGGUUUGUAAAUGUUUGUGGAUCAGUCUCACCAAAAACUCUGGGUUUAGUUCUUCAUUUCAGCUUUUUGAUUCUUUUCUAAAGAUGCUGAUUUGGUCGCAGCUUUAAGGACAGUGAUUGUGGAGAACUUUGUUUGUAUUUCUCAUUUUGAAAAAUCUUCAAGUUUGAUAUCAACAACAUCAAGAUGAUCGUUUGUUCAAAUCACCUUCAGUUGGUGCAGAUGUUGAAGGUCUGAGACUCUAGAAACAGAAACUGUCUUAAGUCUUUCCAGUCGUCCCCAAAAACUCUUCAGAUGAUCUGUUUCUUUCUCUGUUUGCUGAAUAUUUGUGUUCAUGUGAUCGAUGGAUAUUUCUGUCUGCUUCUGUUGGAUCAGUGUGUUUGUAAAGACAUCUAGAAUCAGACUUUGGACAGAUCUACAUGUUGUUAUGAGCUUUUCAAUCACUCUAAUAAUAAUAAUCACAUUUAUUAGUCCGACUGUUUGGAUGUUUCUGACUCAGCUCAGAUUGUGGUCAAGUCUCUAAUUGUGGGUAAAAAAAAAAAAAAAAUCAUCAAACUGAGUCACUGAAAACAACUCGCCUGUUUUUCUUUAUUUGGUCUGGAUGUCAUGUUACCGGUCCGUCUGGGUCAUGGAUUCAUGUUGUCUGCAGGAUUUCCAUGAUGUGUUCACUUACAGGUGUUAGAGGUCCCAGAUGUUAGUCCUGCAGCUGGAUCAGGUUUUCUGAUAUCAUGAUAUUCCAAAGGCUUCAAACAUCUUUUUCUUAAAUAUCCACUCACAGAAGCACUAAACAUUCAAACUUUCUUCAUAUGCAAAUGCACUCAUUUGUUCAUGCAGUAUUUUAUAACAAUGGUCAUAAUUUUGUUUCUGUGCGAGGAAACCGCAGCUCAUUCACUCAUUAAAAUGGCGCCAUUUUAUAUUGAUCUUUCAGCCUGAUAUCCUGUGUAACACUUCCAGCUCUGUCGUACUCUACAAAUGAAUAAAAAAACAAGGAAAAGCAGCAGCUUUGAACAUGAUUUGUGUGAGAUGGAGAUGAUAUCUGUCCCUUUUUAUCAUUUUUCUCUGCAGAGGAGGAGAGAUGCUCACAGAUCUGAUCGUUCAGGUGUAAUAACUCUGCACAACAAAGCAAUCUAACAAAGCAAAUUGCAUCAGAAACAAUGAACUUAUCUGACUUCAUUUGCAUUGACACGCUCAUGUGGAUCAUGUCUCUCUGAUGUGACACUAUCCUUCCAUCUCUCUGUUCCUCUCUGCUCCCCCCUCCCUCCGUCCUGAUGGAGCAGCCGGCGUGUGAAGUGCGAUGUCAGGCCCUCCUGCUGCUCGUCGAUCAUGAUUUUGCUGGUAGAGCUCUCAAUAACUCAGCGGGCCCUCAUGCACCAUGAGAGCGCAAUUAGGUCGACUGACAACUGCAUUUUUCUCCUCAGGAAUAAAACGGCACGACCCCGUUGGUAUUAAUCUCAAUGGUGGUUUUGACUGAUGUAAUGAACGGAUGGUUUCCUGCUGAGCUGCGGUGCUGACGCCUUUCUUCCUUUAAGCUAAAGCGAGGGUGAAGAUCAGAGAGGUUGUUUUUUUCCUUCCUGAAGACACACAUUUAAAACAAGGUCAGCAGCCUUGAAAGACUGUGGCACACAGAAGUAAAGGUCACAUGUUAUUUAUUGAAUUUAACAACUCCAGCUUUGAGCCUACAACACUGCUAACCCGGCUUCUUACAGGAGGCAUGACAGCUGUGAAAUUUCUUUUUGGUAUGCAUGGUAACAGAUAAGACCUUUUACAGCCUAAAAAACAUUGAAAACAGACGGCUCUUUGAAUUUAUUCUGCAGAAAUAAACAGAAAAUGACAACUGAAUUGGCAUCUUAUCAGUAAUGUUUGUCACAUACAUGAAAAAUAUAGUAUGGAGCCUCUGCAAAGCAAAAAAACAAUCAUUACUUAAACCAAGAUGUUUUGAUAAUGAGAAGUUUUGUUUUGGAGUUUAACUUAUAAGAGAUGCAAAGAUCAGCUGUCACACAUCAAGAGUGAAGGCAUCCUAAAAGAUUUGUUAAAAAUCGAAUACAAUGUACCCCACUCAUGACCCCAAUUAACAUUUUUUUCUUCUCAUUCUUUCAUCUCGAUUUCAUUUGUCCUGGAAACUACAGGUCCGGUUUCCAGAAAAUAUUACAUUUAAGUUUGUUAUGCUUUGGGGCCUCUGAAUGAUUGUUAAGAUAUGACCAAAACAACAUCCAAACAACUUUAUUCAAGUUUCUGUUUAAAAUUCCCAGAUGAAGCUUUUUUGGCAGUGGUUGAUUUAAUACUGGAUUUGUUAUACCUGAAAUCAGUGUGAGGGGGGAAGGUUUUGUUGUCAAAAGUCUCUACUUAAGCAUGUAGAGAUAAGCAAAGACUGCUUUGUCCAUAUGGGGGCGCCAAUACUGACAUAAACUAAAAGUUCCUCACAGGAGCUUUAAUGUCAGGACUAGACAGUCGUUCUCUUUGACAGUACACCUUUCAGCUCACAGUGUAGCCAGCUGCUAAAACAGGUUUUUUUUUUUUUAUCUAUAACUUGUCUUUUGAGUAUUGCCACCGUUUACAGUUAAAGUAUUUUGAGACGUGAGACAUCACCACACAAGGAGAUAUUAGAUCAGUUGUCCAUAUGCCAGCCUGUUAGCUGUCUUUGUUUAAUUUUGGCCACAUUAUCUCCCACAUCACUCUAGCUAACAUAUACUGUGACACCACAGAGGCAGGGAAAGGCAGCCGGUUACACCUAAACCCUUCAUUUUAAAUUCUGGUCCCUGCUGGUCCUCACUGCAGACCGUUCUGUCUAAAACACCAGGACCACAUUGUUCUGUCCUCCGUUGUUUUCUGUCGCCUCCAGAGGACAUUUUGUUUUUGACCAACCAUGUAGCUGCUGUUCUUGUUGUACCUCAGGAGAGGACGUUCUCAGCAUUUCAAUGACAUGAAUUCUGCAGCGAGCAGACGGAGCCGUUCAGAAACAUUGGUAGAGCUGAUUGUAGAAAAAGUUUAUUUUUCCAGCUGAUGUUUGGUCAUUUUGAAAAUGCAUUGGGAUAAGAUUUGUUUGAUCUCUGUUUGUUUGAUGCAGUCAGUAAAAGUUGGUAUCAAAGUUUCUCACUCCAUCUGCUCAGCUUUUAUCGUUGAUCAUUAGCAGCCGGUCAGACUCUCCUGGCUGUACGUCCUGAUUGCAUCUUGGGACUUGUCAAUGUGAUCAAACUUAAAGAAUUAUAACCUACUUUUCUAGUUCGUUGGUUUGACUCAAAGAAAAUAAUUUGUGGACAGUUUGGGUAAUUGUGACAAAAUAGGAUCACUGAAAUAUAAAGACCUUGUUUGACAAUAUGACCUAUGAAUAAAUGGAUUACGCCCCCGGUGCCUGACAUGAGGAAGUGCAUCUCUUUAUAGCUUUGGAGAAGAGGCUAAUUUUGUCUAAAACUUCUGACUGUAAUUAUCUGAUCUGAAUUAACUGAUGACAGAUUAGCAUUACUCUUAAAAAAAAUUGAUUAUCAAAUCCUCGUAGAGAUAUUGACUUGUUCAUCAAUCAACAUAACAACCUCCAUAAGAGGCGUCAUGGCGUUUUCCACUUCUUCUCAGCAUCUCUCCAUUCUUUUAUCGAAAAACUGCAUUUACAAAACAAACAUUUCAAGACCUGGAUCCAGAGCGUGCCACUUCUGCCACCAUGUAAACUGGUAAAAUCCUAUCAGACGGUCAUGUGUGAGAAACAUCAUGAGGGGGAAUCCAGAAAAAAACAGAGGGAGCUGCCAGACCACAGUGAUGCUGAUCAGCGUGGUGCCAGAACAAGAGCAUAAAUGUUCCCAAAGUCUGGCCUGAGGAAAGAUACCUGUUAACCUCAUAAAACUCCUCCCAGCAGGAGCAGCAUGGAACUUCUGCAAACAUGCUUCUGUAAGAGAAACUUGAUUUCUGCUCCUCGAGACAAACUUUAAUCUGAUAUCUCGUGUCUUUUUCAGUGAAGUCUUUUCAAUCUGAUCUGAAGCUGUCAUGGAGAAAUAAUUGAGCUGAUUGAUUGAAUCGCCUGAUAUGCCGUCAUGCCGCGUCUAUAAUGUGAAACAUGUUGGCUCAGCGUUUUAGCAGUGACAGGGAAAGUUGACUUCUAUCUUAUUUUUGCUCUCACAUCACAAUCGGAGAUAAGGCACUAGUCUUUAAACAGAUAUUUGUCAUUAGGUUGAUGCAAAUGGAAGCUCUUUGAAGGACUACAAUCACCACACAAACAUCUCAUUGUUCAUUAGCUCUCAGCUCUGCAGAUUGAAUCUUUUGAGUCUUCUGCAUUUGAAGAAAAACAUGACCUUAAAAUUCCUCAUUAUUUUUGAGAAAUGUUAAACACACCUGCUAUUUUCACCUUGGUUGGCUACUUGUUUGCUUGCAUCUCACUUCGUAAGCCCUUAAGCAGCUGAAUGCUAAAUGGGCUCAUUGCUUCAUUUCAGCCUCCUGUAUGGUUUGCAGGUUGCAGAAAGCAGGUAACUCCAGGUUAUUCUGUCUGUCUGUCUGACAUUUCCGCCAGCCAUAGCGAGAACCAGCCGUCCACCUCAAGGACACGGGAGAGGCAGGGGGAUAAAGCUGGGGAAGGAGAAGUUUGGUGAUGGAGAAAGAGAGAGAGAGGGUAGAGAGAGAUAGACUGAGAGUGAAGAGAGAGAGAGUGCGGCCGUACAAUUCAUCAGUCUGGCUAAAUUAAGCAGAUUGCUCGAUGUGGUCCCCUGUGUGAAUAUGAAGAAAUGUGCCUCUUAAUGUGAUUGCCAGUGGCGGCCAUGCCAUAACUCAAGGUUGAGGUUGGAUAAUGCUGUGUGUGUGUGUGUGUGUGUGUGUGUGUGUGUGGAGAUUAUAUGAGGACAUUUACAAUGUGAUGAUGCCAGAUGAGCAUCAAGGAGAGCAGGAGUUCAGACCAGUCAGCAGCUUCACCUCAUGAGACUCAAAGCAGCCCAGAGCGCUAAGCUAACGGCUAACAGCUUUUAAAAAGUCAUUUUACUGAAGACUUUUUGAAGUACAGCACUUAAACCUGCUUACCGUGAAUUUCCACUGCAUCUGGAACGGCUCGGAUUUGGAAUGGCGCCGAUUUUCGCCAUCCACCAAUUACUACCAGAUCUGUUUGUGAGGCAAAUUUCGUGGUGGAUUACGGACAGCGGUAAUCGCAAGGACUUACAAGAACCCAUGGAUUCAUGUGCAAAUGCACGAUAACGAGUUGUCUCGAUAAAGACAGUCACAUAGGCUAACCAUAUAAAGAGUAGAUCUUGUCCUUCCAGAGGAGGAAGGACCUUUAAAAUCAGCAUCUCCUUAUCCAUGGUGUCAUCGGGAUGAAAUGACAUCUAAAAACCUUUCACUUGUUUGUCCUCGCUCGUUUGCAUGGUGUGAAAUAAGAUCCGCCUGAAACACAGUGUUUUAUUUUGAAAAGAAGCCGGAUUUUUUAUUUUGUGUCUGUGCCCGACUUCCUUUCCAGCACGGGUUAAUCUGUGCCGAAUUUAUUCAUCAUGCUCCGACGUCCGGUAAAAAUAGCGCUCUUGUGAUCAGCUGUGGAGCCCGGCGAUCCGCAGCCGAACGAAAUUGACACAUUAACUUGAAUGGUUACGAUCAGCUGCAAUCGGCAGAUACGGCCUUUUCGUAGCUGCUCCGGAUGUGGUGGGAAAUGGGGGUUAGUCUGCUGAGAGUCUGGACUGAGAAACAAGUUUUCUCUCGUGUAGUCAAAGUAGAACCCAAAAUGCUCCAGAUUUGAAUCCAGUUAGUCAGGGUCAUAGUUAUUGACUUACCCUAAAAUAUGAAGUAUGUCACCUUUGUAGGCCUUAGUCUGGUGUUUUGAACUUGUUGCAGGUUAUUUGCAUCAUUAAAAGUUAUCGAACGGAGUUCCCAGACUUCAGGAAAGAGAAACAGACAAAAACAAGGAGAAACUUUGAGAUAAAGUUAAACUCAGCAGUGAGCAGAGAGAGUUGGUGAUCCAUUAGGGAGGUUGUGCAGCUACACUGGUCAUGAUGCAAGCCUGCACAACCCUGCAUUAAAGUCUGAGGCAUACCUGCGAUGUCUGCAGCCUCCGGUGCUGUGUCUGCACUCUGUGUACCUGCACGCUUUAUUCACCGCAGGCUGUGCUGAACCGGAGAGGAUAUAAUGUGUGUUUCCUGUAAACUCUAAAGUGAAGACUACAUUUACUUCAGCUCCAGAGGUUGGUGGACUUUACCUUCUGGAUGAUCCUGAUGUUGCUAAAUGCUUCGAAAUGUCGUGUUAAUCAAAUCAAUGUCGCAUGCCGGUUAACAGAUGGUUCAUAAAAUUAGCAGCUAGCAGGUAUUAAGAGUUCUGUGGCGAUGAUUUCUGCACAUGCAAAAAGGUCCAAUUGAGUGAAAUGCAAAAUCUGUUGCAUGAUAACCUCCAUGACCAAACACAUCAGCGUUGUGCAUCAAAAUAAGACAAAAUACAGAACCUUGGACUGUCCGGAGCUUGAAUGAACUUUGUCAACUCUGUCUGCUGCUGCAGGGCGACCAUCCUCCUCUUCACCCAAAUAACAGAGAAGACUGGAUAAUAGUAUCAAUUAGUUUUCCAAUCAUAAAGAAGGUAUCAGUAUGUCUCAAAAAUAAACCAUCCCCACAUUCAAGUGGGACUUAUCUCACUGGCUGAAACUUCAUCCUGCCACCUCUGAAGAAGAAAGUCUGUGUUCAAAAGUCUAAAGCGGGCCUGUUAAUAACUUCGUUCACUGUUUAUCUUUCCGUUUCCAUUUAAACAUUUACCUUAUAACUCGAAGAUGACUGGCUACAAGAGCGGCGAUGAAGGCCUGUCUCAUUAGAGAAUGAAAAGAAAACCGAGCAGACUGUCUGAGAAAAGCAGCUCAGACUGUCUCUGCCGAUGGGGAGAGGGUCUUAAAAACACAAGAGCGGAGGAAAAAACAACACCAGCGUCUAAUGAGGAGCUGAGCGGCUCGUGCCUUACUCCUGUCUGACAAGAAAACACGGUUUUAUCAAACUGCGGGUGUUUCUCGAAGCUUCCUCCUCACGGUCAUAGACGCUCUGUAGAGGAAGUAGAAAACACAUUGUCAUGCCUCUCCUCCGGCCCGUCUUUACUCCGCUCUUUCUCUUCUGUCUCUUUGUCCGUUUCCUUCUUAAAUCUCUCAGUUUGCCAAUGUGACCUUCCUAAUCGGCUCAACAUAAAUAACUCAUACAUAUGAAUAAAAGUCAUUGUCAUCUCAGCUUUUUUAUAUGGAGAUCCAGGCGUUGUUUGUUUUGUUUUUUGUUUUUUUGCAUGUCCUCAGCUAUCAGCAUCGAGGACGUCCCUGCUGGUCAAAAUGGACACAGCUGCAGAGUUUCUUUUUUGUUUUUUUGCAUAUUUGUUGAGGAAAGGCUCAUGGCUAACAAACUAAACAAAAUGCAUUAAUAAGGAGAUUUAAGACGUCAUCAGUUAAAGAGUCAAGAUGAGUUAACUCACCAUAUCCUCUGUUUACAUGUCUAUUAAAGCACCAGUGAGGAACUUUUAUUAGCCAAUUUUGGUGCCCUCUAUGGUCAAAACACUUGACUUAUCCUGUCCUCUACGUAUCUGAUCACAGCUGGUGUAAACAUCAAAUGCACAGAACAUAAAUAACUAAAAGUCAGAAAGUUAAAAAAAGUCUUUAAGUUUUUAGCUCAUUUUGCAUGUGCACAAACCUGCAUAAACACAAAAUUCACAUGCAACUACACACUCCACUAGUGAGGAGAUCGGAUUAUUUGUUCAAUUGUGCGAAUGCAGCAGAUCCUCCCAAAGUUGCCAGUGUCAGCCGUGUUUGAUAUAAAGAGACUGAAAUGACAAAGUAAAUCCAACUCAUGCGUUAAUUUGUGUGUUUGGACCAUAGACUGUAUAUAGAAUGGACGCCGUCUGCCUCCUUGCUGGGUGAAACCAACGUGAGAACAGCGCCCUCUGGUGACGGGCUGCAGUAUAGGUCAUAAAUCCCGCCCCCUCCAGCAAUCCCUAUGGAGCUGUGGACAAACUUUAUAAUUUAUUACACAGAAUAUGAAUUUUUCUCCCCCCUGGUUGUGAUGUUGACAUGUAGUUACUGUCAGACUGGUUUGUGCUCAAGUCCUCUUUUUUCUGUGAAGCUCCGUUUUCAAAAGUUAUUAGGGGGUUCAUGUUUUCUAUGAUUGACACUUGAUACAGCCAAUGGGAGUACGAAGAUUGCGUAGCUCACCGGGGGAUACUCUGUUUGAGCCGAGCGUCAUCACAGGGACUCACCCGUCGAACGUGUAAAACUGUUGCGCAAGUUGAGAAAAUCCUGGAUAUAUGGAGAGCAAUUCCGCUUCAAAUUGGUAUAAUGACGGAAGGCAGAUCCAAGUUGUCCAUAGUAUAUACACUCUAUGGUUUGGACAUUCAUGCAGAUGCGAUAUGGCACAUCGAUGGAGCGUGUCUUUUGCAUGGAUUGUUUUAAUAGUUUUAAUGGAAGCAUCAGUUAAAACCUCACCUUAUUCUUUUAGCUGUAAAUUUACAUACUAUUCGUGUUUUACAUCAUCUCCGUUAUUUCCAGCACGGUUUAGGCGACGGGCUUCAUCUUCAUACUGUAGCUUCAUCUCAGCAUGUCUGAUUCAUUCCAGAUAUCUCCCACUCCUCCUGUAACAGCGACUCUUACUGAACUACUUCCUAUAGCAGCCAUCGAUUAUCUGCUCUGAUAUGAGGAAUGCUCCUCUCCUCAAGUCUUCCUCUGAAGACUGAGAGUGGACACGAUGACCUUUAGAAAUAGAUAAAUGUUACUGAGACGCUGCUGUGAUUAGAAGACUGGGGUUAUUGACCCGUUCUGCAGGUCUGCAGCUGAACAUCAUCUUAGCUCCGAGUCUGUCCUCGACUUAACGGAAAACUGAGAGAGGAAACUCUUCUUUUUUUUUUUUGGAGAGGACACCGACCACUGAGCAGGCAGCAAAGUGGAGUAAAAACCAGCAUGUGGGUAAAUACACAAAAACACAGAAGUACAGACAGUCUCUGGUGCUGCUGCUGCUGCUGUCAGACUCUUCAGGUACUGCUGGUCUUAGUGGACCAUAACAACUCCUGGACACUGAGCUGAUCGCACGGCUCAGCUGUAAACUGUCAGCACUCCUCUGUGUGUGUUAACAGACUCCACAUACUUUUGUUUUCCUUCCACUAACUCGCCAGCAAGCUUGUCAGGGGGGGUGUCAUCCGGGUCCAAGCUAUAUUUAGUCUGGUUCUUGUUUGACUGCUGCAGGACUGAGGUCUGAGGGACCAAACUGCUCUCAAGCCAGGACUCCAAGUUGUCACCAAGUUGAAGUUUCUAGCAGACAGGAGUUUUUCCCUCUCUCUGCACUGGCUCUGAAAGUUAGAACUGGUUCUGGUUGUACAUUACGCGGCUCGACUGGUCCUAAUGAAGCUAUAUUCUUGGCCAUGUUUAAGGCUAAAGUAAACACAAUCCUUUUGCAUCAAACAAACAAUAUAUUAAGUUUGACAGUCAACCCAAAAUACCAACAAACAAAUGUCGAUCUGCCUGACGAUACCUUCAGCUGUGAGCAAACCCGCCAUGCAGAAACUUGUGUUUCUGGGCGUGUAACUUCAUCCAAUACAUCCGGUUUCCACGAAUAUCACCAGUGAUGAAGUCUCCAUAUAUUCAAAUGUAUUCCCUCUGUUUGUUAUGCAAGAAGAGUGAUUACUGCUUCUCUUUGCUCUUCUCUUUCACUCAUGACGGCAUGAACUGAAGAUGUGAAGCAGCUGAAGUUUCAUAUCUUCACUGAAGUUUCUGCUGGUUCUGCCGCCUGCAUUUGUUGCCAUUUCAGCACUUUAUUGUCUUGUGUUUGUAUCUCCUCUUAAUGCCAGAACAUCUAUAUCCAAACAGACGUCUAAACAAAACUUUGUCCCUUACUGUGAGGACUCUGAAGUACUUUUAAGAUCCCACAACAUAACUCAGCUUUUACAACAAGCAUCCAAACAUUUUAACAUUCAUAACAGCUUUGAGAGAUACCGUCAAAAUCCACAUUAAGAUUAUUUAUUAAGUCUCUAUCACUCUCUUUCUUUCUUUGUGUUUUUGCAUCUCAGACCUCAUAUCUCAGAAACAAUAACAUACAGAUAAACCCAAACUGAGGCGUCAUACAUUUCUGCACCAACAAACAGACGCAGAAACAUGACUUUAUGUCUCAGUAAUUGAUGUGUGCUCUCGCAGAGCCGCUCCUCGAGAACAAAAAGCCUCCACGGAGAUCGAUAAAGUAUCAGAUUAAGAACAAUCACAGGCAGAUGGCAUCCUGCACCCGCGGUCUGAGCAACACAAUCAACAAACAACGGAAUCCAUUUAAAGAAUCGAGGACAGACGCUUGAUUGAGAAAAGUUUGCAGAAAGUUUUGACUGCAGUGAAACAUCCUCACACUGUAAACUCAAACCCCGAGCACAUCCAGCUGCACAAACUCACAUCUCAAACUCAACAACAGGAUAAAUGCAAGUAUGAAGGAGUGGUUACCUCUGAAGAAAGACCAGGCUGAACUUACCAUACAGGACCAAACUGUGAGAUACAGAAAGGUUUCAUGAGCCAGAUUUACUCAAAAUUCCAGAUCUAGUCACAUAAAUCUGCUAAAUGAAGCACAGCUCUUUGGUUUGUGCAUAUAGUCCAAAUAUGCAUGCAAGAGGAUACACCGAGACUGCUUGGUAAGGUUUGAUCAAAUGUGGCGUAAAGAUAUUGAAAUAAGCAGUUGAGUCUGUUCACUUCAGGAGCGUCUCUUUGCACUAUUAUGAGUUUUGAGGUCUGCAGAGUUUGAGGACUAAAUGAUCUAAACCUGUCCAUUCAUGGGUUGGAGUUAUGGUUAAACUCCAAUCAGAGGCCUGCUAAUCUUUUUGAUUUCAGUCAUCUGAUCGUAUUUCACCUGACUCACAUUCACUUAACGCAGUCGAUUCAACAUUGUCUGUAGACGUGUCCCCUCUGCGAUGUUUUCCAUCUUGUCCUUUAUGUUCAUAAGGUGUACCCAGGUCAGAUGGUUGGACAUACUCUCAAAAAUCUCAUCAAGAGGACACCACUGAGAUACCUGGACCACAUUCAUUUGCAGCUCUCAAUGCAGCAGGAUAGCAGCCCGGCUCUGAGCCCCCUCUGGAUGUCUGAGCAUCUGUCUCUAAGCCACCUUGUGAGGGAUUUCGCUUCAUUUAAUCCUCUUGUGUCUAAAAUCUCAUUCUUCCAAUCUCCACCAAAAGCUAAAGAGUUACAGGUGAGGUUUUGGAUUAUAGAUGGACUUGUAAACUGAUAGCUUUGCCUCCUGCAAGACUAAAAGGCACUUAAAAUCCUGUCCUGAAGAGGAGCCCAGUCCCCGAUCAGGAGUAGCCCACCGUUAUUUUGCAGGAGGGGAAAUGACCUCAGACUUGGCUGCCAACUGCUCCAGUCCUUUUUGGAGUUUAUGUUGUCUGAAGGGAAAAGUGAAAAGUUAACUGUUGUCAGAAAUGUUUACACAAAUAGUUGGACGUCACAGUAAAUAUAACAAACUGAGCCAUGUGUUCAGGUUGCCCUGAAAGUGACCGUAGUUUUUCAGAAUUCGGCUUUUUCACUUGAGCGUUUGAACCUGCAACCCUCCGCUCACACAGCCGCUCCAUACCACCCCACCUUCCCUACAUCAGCUCUGGGUCAGCUGGAUGAGUUGGCCCAAUCCAAACAACGACCAAAGCCAAUUACAGCUUUCUGUGACUAUAAAUAACCACCACAGCACUUUACUCUGCAUUUACAUAAAGAGCUAUAAUGGCUGUGUAAUGGUUUAAAUAUUCAUCACGCCGCCUCUUCUUUCCACUCGCUGCUGAAUCAUGGGAGGGAAACGUCUGUCCCUGAGCCAGUCUGGUUCUGUCUGUAACUUUAACAUGUUAAACUCAAACUUUUAAAGCUGCACAGGGUUUUAUUCAUGCAUACUUGAAUCCAUUGCAUGCAUAAAGAUUACAUUUAUGCAACUGCACCAACUCAGAUUAAGCUAACCAGUAAGUUUCUGCAGGGAGGACCUUGAUGUAUAGAUUCAGGGUCCUGUUUGAGGACACUGUAAAACACCUCUGUGGUGUAUUUCUUCUUGGACACCGGCCUGAGUCAGGCUCGGGCAAACGGGGAUCAAGAAGAGACUGAUGAGUUUUUUCUCCGAUGUUUGCUCCUGUGGCUCUGGUGCUCAUUCUGUGGCUGUUUUCCAAAAGAGUUUUCUGUUCGACUUCAAAACUAAUUUGGACUUUUUUUUUAUAAGUCUGAAGCUUCUUUUUUUCCCAUUUUUAUUUACUUAAAUUGAAAAAACGCUCAAGCAACAAACCAAAGAGUAAACUCAUUAUUAAACCUACCAAUGAAGCAACUAAUCAGCAACUAAAUAAAUAGCUAAGUAACCUACGAAACAAAAAACUGUCACAGCAGCCAGACAACAAACUAAACCAACUAACUAGCUGACUAAACUGCUA